GUCAACUUACGUACGAGUCAAGAACGAGCCAAUUGGUGAUCACUUCGAAGCUUAAAACAAAAUAAUGGCUAGGUUGAUGAUCGGUGAGGUGAGGUGAAGCAGAGGAAGGAAAUGGCAUCGCAGCAGCAUAUCGAGAAGAUGCAGCUUCGCCAGAACUUCCGCAAUUUCUGGCACACUGAUCUAUUCACGACCAUUCAAGCUGACACUCCGUAUUGUUGCUUUGCUCUCUGGUGUGCACCGUGUGUAUCAUAUCUGCUGCGUAAACGAGCUCUUUAUGAUGAUAUGUCAAGAUACACAUGUUGUGCUGGUUACAUGCCCUGCAGCGGUCGCUGUGGAGAAAGCAAAUUUCCUGAACUCUGCCUCGCUGCGGAGGUUGUAUGCUGUUUUGCAAAUUCAGUGGCUUCAACUCGGUUUCUGUUACAAGAUGAAUUUAACAUUCAAACCACGCAAUGUGAUAAUUGCAUCAUUGGUUUCAUGUUUUGCCUUCAACAACUAGCCUGCAUAUUUUCUAUCAUUGCUUGUAUUGUGGGAAAUAGUGAACUUCGAGAGGCUUCCCAACUACUAUCCUGCUUAGCUGACUUUGUCUACUGCACGGUGUGUGCUUGCAUGCAGACUCAGCAUAAGAUUGAAAUGGACAAGCGAGAUGGAAAAUUUGGACCCCAACCAGUAAUGGGCGUUCCGAAUGCUCAACAAAUGUCACGUUUUGAUCAGGCAGUUCCUCCUUUUGUUGGGUAUGGACAAGCCUAUGGUUAUUCACAUGCCUAAGAACGCUUCCUCCUUCUCCUUAAAGACAGCUAUAUGGUUGGGUUGCAUUUCCAUCAACUUCUCAUUCAUGUCAACACCAUACUUAUGCAUGAUUUUGGUCAAAUUAGUACCGUUAAUUUAUCUGGUUGUAUUUCCCUUACACAAAACGAUGGUAUUAUACUGUCUUCUGUGUAUUGCGUUUUGCGAUGCUGUCAUAUAAUUUUGAGUAAA